AUGGCUGCGGGCGUAGCAGCCUGGCUCCCCUUUGCCCGGGCAGCGGCCAUUGGCUGGAUGCCCGUGGCCAACUUGCCCAUGCCGGUGGCUCCACCUGACAUAAACAAACGCCAGGAUGAGCUCAUUGUCCUAAACGUCAGUGGCCGACGUUUCCAAACGUGGCGCAACACUUUGGACCGUUAUCCUGAUACCCUGCUCGGCAGUUCCGAGAAAGAGUUUUUUUUCAAUGAAGAGACUCGUGAGUACUUCUUUGACCGUGACCCAGACGUGUUCCGCAGCAUCCUGAACUUUUAUCGUACUGGCAAGUUGCACUACCCACGCUAUGAGUGCAUAUCAGCUUACGAUGAAGAGCUGGCUUUCUUUGGGAUCAUCCCUGAGAUCAUCAGCGAUUGCUGUUACGAAGAGUACAAAGACCGCAAACGUGAGAACGCCGAGCGCCUAAUGGAUGACCUUGAAGACAGCAAGGACAGCAAAUUGCCAAAUAUGACUUUCCGCGAGACCAUGUGGCGCGCCUUUGAGAACCCGCAUACCAGCACCAUGGCAUUGGUUUUCUAUUAUGUCACUGGUUUCUUUAUCGCUGUGUCUGUCAUUACCAAUGUGGUGGAGACUGUACCGUGUGGCUCCAUGCCCAACCAGCGGGACAUACCUUGUGGAGAGCGCUACACGGUAGCCUUUUUCUGCAUGGACACAGCAUGUGUCAUGAUCUUCACCGUGGAAUAUUUGAUGCGGUUGUUCGCUGCACCAAGUCGCUACCGUUUCAUGCGCUCUGUGAUGAGCAUCAUCGACGUUGUGGCUAUCCUACCCUACUACAUUGGCCUGGUUAUGACCGACAAUGAGGAUGUGAGUGGCGCCUUCGUCACACUGCGGGUUUUCCGCGUCUUCCGCAUCUUCAAGUUCUCACGUCACUCUCAAGGCCUGCGCAUCUUGGGCUACACGCUGAAGAGUUGCGCCUCUGAGCUUGGCUUCCUCCUCUUCUCGCUCACCAUGGCCAUCAUCAUUUUCGCCACCGUCAUGUUCUACGCUGAGAAGGGCUCCGCCUCUAGCAAAUUCACCAGCAUCCCUGCAUCCUUCUGGUACACCAUUGUCACCAUGACCACGUUGGGGUAUGGUGAUAUGGUUCCUAAGACAAUAGCAGGGAAGAUAUUUGGCUCGAUCUGCUCUCUGAGUGGUGUCCUGGUGAUCGCACUACCUGUCCCUGUUAUCGUCUCCAACUUCAGCCGCAUUUACCAUCAGAACCAAAGAGCGGACAAGCGACGGGCACAGAAGGUGCAGAAAGCACGAUUGGCCAGAAUGCGAAUCUCAAAGGCGGGCAGCUCGAACACCUUCCUGCACAGCAAACGUAAUGGUAUGAUGAACCAAGCCUUGGAGCUACCACAUCUACCUUACAAGAUGAAACUGUCACAUGAGCAGGGCUCCACAGACGAAGGGCAACAUCUGAAUAAGACGGCAUCAAUAAUAGAGAGCCAACACCACCACCUGCUGCACUGCCUGGAGAAAACCACGAACCACGAGUUCAUGGAUGAGCAGCUGUUUGAACAGAGUUAUGUGGAAAGUGGCCUACAGCGUUUCCCAUCACAGAGCUCUUCCCUCGCUAGCGAGGAGGGCAUCAUAGGGUCCUGCUGUUCCCGACGAGCCAAGAAAAGCACUCAGCCUGCUAAUGCAGCGCACUCACACCCUCACACACAUCCACAUAUACAUCCACAUGCUCACAACUUGCAGGAGCUCAGCACCAUACACAUCCAGUGUGGACAACAGCAGCCUCUCACCACUAGUCGUUCCAGUCUCAACAUGAUGCCAGAUGAAUCAGGAGGUGUGAACUGUAAGAGCAGCAGUCAAGUUACCACAGCAAUCAUCAGCAUCCCGACCCCUCCCACCAACACCUCCCCAAGCAGCCCAGAGGUUCCACUCAACCCUGCCACCAACUCCAGCACCGGUGUGGUGAAGGUCUCUGCCCUGUGA